CACUGUAUUGGCUUGUCGGAGGACACACGCCGCGGCCGUCCCUUUCGCACCCCCAAGCUCAGUAACGGCGGCAGCAGCAGCCUCCCUUUGUCGAUUCGUUAUUAACGCAGGCGCGUGGAAAAUGUCGGCUACAGAGUCGAGGAGCUACACGUCCAAUGGCAGCAUGAUCGUUGUGAGCAACAGGUUACCCUUCGUCUUGAGGAGGAACGAGGCUACGGGGAAGCUCGAGCGCAAGGCCAGCGCUGGUGGUCUUGUUACUGCUGUUGCUCCAGUGGUUAUAAACGGAAAUGGAGUUUGGGUUGGAUGGCCAGGAGUGCAUAUGGAUAAUCCGAACGAGCCUAUUCCUGAAUCUGAUCCAAAUGACAGGACACCCACUGCUGGAUUGUUAUCUCGAAAAGUUGUGGCAGUGCAUGUGGAGCCCACAAUUUUCGACUCGUACUACAAUGGCUGUUGCAACGGUACUUUCUGGCCACUUUUUCAUUCGAUGCCAGACAGAGCGACGUUCAUCGCGGAUCAUUGGAAGGCUUACAGUAUUGUAAAUGAAGAAUUUGCUGCGAAAACGGUCAGAGCGUUAGAACAAAUACACAAGGAACAAGAAGGUCAGAGUAAUGGUACACCGCUAGUUUGGAUACACGAUUAUCAUUUAAUGUUGGCUGCCAAUUGGGUCAGGCAGGCGGCCGAUGACAAAAAUCUUAAACUUAAGCUCGGUUUCUUUCUUCACAUUCCUUUUCCUCCGUGGGACAUCUUUCGAUUGUUCCCCUGGGCAGACGAAAUCCUUCAGGGAAUGUUAGGAUGCGACAUGGUUGGCUUCCACAUAGAGGAUUACUGUUUGAACUUCGUGGACUGUUGUCAGCGUAGCCUUGGCUGUAGAGUCGACCGAAAGAAUUUGCUCGUCGAGCACGGGGGUCGCACCGUUCGCGUCAGGCCCCUGCCCAUUGGGAUACCUUUCGAUCGCUUCGUCUCCAUGGCCGAGACAGCCCCCAAGGUCAUGCUUACCAACCAGAAGAUCGUCCUCGGAGUCGAUCGGCUCGACUAUACCAAGGGUCUCGUGCAUAGGCUGAAGGCUUUCGAGAUGUUGAUGGAGAAGCAUCUGGAGCAUCGGGAACAGGUGACAAUGCUGCAAAUUGCCGUGCCAUCGCGCACGGACGUGCGCGAGUACCAAGAUUUGAAACUGGAGAUGGACCAGUUGAUUGGAUCGAUAAACGGCCGUUUCACCACACCCAAUUGGUCCCCGAUACGUUACAUUUACGGUUGCGUCAGCCAAGACGAAUUAGCAGCCUUCUACAGAGAUGCCGCUGUGGCCUUGGUCACUCCACUCAGGGAUGGCAUGAAUCUCGUCGCCAAGGAGUUUGUCGCCUGUCAGAUCAAUACCCCACCGGGUGUACUGAUCGUUUCGCCCUUCGCGGGAGCCGGGGAGAUGAUGCACGAGGCCCUCAUUUGUAAUCCUUAUGAAAUCGACGAAGCCGCUGAGGUUAUUCACAGAGCGUUGACGAUGCCGGAGGAUGAGCGUACGCUGAGAAUGAAUCAUCUUCGGCGUCGUGAGAGAUUAUACGACGUUAACCACUGGAUGAAGUCGUUCCUGCAGGUAAUGGGCUCCCUGGAAGAGCGAGACUCGGUUGGCGCCACGGUCAUGCAGCCCGUCACAAUGGACGAUUUUGACGAUUAUCUGAGCAAGUAUAUCGGUGAGAAUCACAAACUGGCCCUUCUACUGGACUACGAUGGUACCUUGGCGCCAAUCGCUACGCACCCGGACCUCGCGAUUCUACCCAUCGAAACGAAAAACGUGCUGCAAAGAUUGUCAAAUCUGCAGGACGUUUAUAUCGCGAUUAUAUCGGGAAGGAACGUCAACAAUGUUAAGUCGAUGGUGGGAAUCGAAGGAAUCACUUACGCUGGCAAUCAUGGACUGGAAAUUCUGCAUCCAGAUGGAAGCAAAUUCGUGCAUCCCAUGCCAGCGGUCUUCGAGAACAAAGUCGCGUGCCUUAUGCAGUCUCUACAGGAUCAGGUGUGUAAGUACGGUGCCUGGGUGGAGAACAAGGGCGCCCUCUUGACGUUUCAUUAUCGUGAAACACCGAUGGAGCAUCGAGCGCGGAUGGUCGAGCAGGCGAAGAAGUUGAUCGAGGACGCGGAUUUCAAGGCUUGCGCGGCACAUUGCGCCCUCGAGGCUAAGCCACCGGUGGAAUGGAACAAGGGCCGCGCCUCCAUCUACAUCUUACGCACGGCAUUUGGUCUCGACUGGAGCGAGAGAAUCCGAAUUAUUUACGCGGGUGACGACGCCACGGAUGAAGACGCCAUGAAAGCGUUGAAGGGCAUGGCGGCGACGUUCCGCGUUGCUUCCUCGCACAUAAUCCGCACGUCGGCAGAGCGCCGUUUACCCAGCACCGACUCCGUCCUCACAAUGCUCAAGUGGGUGGAGAGGCACCUGAGUCGCCGCAAACCUCGCAACAGCAACGACGUCUCAUCGAAAUUUCGCCGCGGCCACUCUGGCAUCACCAUGGAAAUGUCCUUCACGCCCUCGGCGUAACAAUACCACUUGUUGACGCACUCGAAGUCCUAGGACGGACGUUUUUCAUCUCACUCCUAGGGCCGGUGGGGGCCUGUGGGACGCGUGUGCGUGUG